CACUUGACUAGAGGUCCGAAUGUGGGAAAGAUGUACAUAGCCGGCGCGCAACCUGAUAUCCUCAAAUUAUAUCCGUUGGUUAGUUUUCCUGUUAGUCGCGGAACACCGAUGAUCGGACCUCUAGUCAAGUGGGAUCACUCUAAUACAUGGGACGUACCUGUUUACAAGCACAAGUCGGGAGGAUGGUCGAGAGAGUAUAUUGUGAAAAUAAAUCUGUCAAGAGAAACGGACGCAUAUCUAGCGGGACACAAAAUCGUUAUUCUUCCGGGCGCCAAUCUUGCACUGAUAGUUUGGAAAAUCUUCGCAAAACUACGCAAAAUUGAUUUCGAGAAACUGCCGAUAAUCUUCGAGAAUGUGUGGUUUCAACGCAUUACUUUCCUCUCGGAGAAAAAAACGAUCAAAUUAUCGGUAAGAAUCUUCGAAGAAACAGGUGAUUUCGUGGUCUGUGAAUUCGAUACAGUAGUCUUCAGCGGAAACAUACGCGCUGCCGAACGCGUAAAGAAAGAUGAACUUAUGAAUCUGCUUCUGCUACCGAUACCGCCUACCUACAAAGAGAUUUUAUUACCGUUGAACACCGAGGACGUUUAUAAGGAACUAAGGCUGCGCGGAUAUGAAUACAGCGGUCUUUUUAAAGGGAUAAAAUCCAGCGACAGUUAUUGUACCGUAGGCGAGUUAUUCUGGUUCAACGAAUGGUCCUCGUAUAUAGAUAAUAUGUUUCAAUUUAAUCUUAUAGCCAACGGGAAAUUAGUGUAUGGAUCAAAGAUUCGAUACGCCGUGAUCGAUCCCGUUCUUCACAAACAAUUGGUCGAUAAGUUACCAAAAGAUGGUGGAUUGCCGGUAUAUCAAAACAAAAACACCGGUAUUAUCAAAUCCGGCGGUAUCCUAAUCAGAGGUAUAAAGACUACCGCACCUCAGCGACAGCAGAUUCAAACUAAACCCAAGUACGAACGAUACGCGUUCGUGCCUUACGAAAAUUCGUGCAACCUAGAUCUGGAAAACCAGACGAGAGGGAAGCUCUCUGUACUAUUACAAAUUAUGUGCGAGAACUUAACGACAUUUAAAAUUAAUGCCGUUGAAAUUGCGAACAAUCAAGCCCCGAGUAGCCUUUUGAGGCCAUUUAUACUAGAUAUUAUCCAUGAUGAGCCUUUUUUUACCAUUAAUCUACAGGAAGACAUCAGUUCCACCAGUGAUUACACGACCCGUUUUAAUCAAAUGAACGUGAAUGUUAAAGUCGCGAUGUUGGAAGCGAACGAUGCAAUCCCAGCUCAGAAUAUGCACCUUUUCAUAGCGACGAACAUACUGUCUGGACGAUCUUGCACUAUUUUAAGAAACCUGGCUGCGGACUUAAAAUCUAAUUGUUUUAUUCUUCUGGAGGAAACUACUAUACCACUCGACUUAAAGACGGUAUUGAGGGAGGCCAAUCUGACGUUGGCUGGAAAACAAAUUGACUCCUCGGGAAAGAUCUCUCUUAUUAAAAAACGAAGGGAAGGAAGAGAACCGAUCGUCGUAUAUAUCACAGAAAAAUAUUUCUCAUGGUUGGAGAAUGCAAAAGCAGUGCUAAGAAACUUUGACAGCAAGAGUCAAGAAGUGCUUUUUGUAUCCCAAGACGAAGAGUUAUCUGGUCUGAUUGGAUUUAUAAACUCCAUCCGACGCGAGACUACAAACGUGCGUUAUGUCUUCAUUCAAGACAGUAACGCUCCCAAGUUCGAUUUAUCUACAGAGUUUUACGUGGAACAAUUGGAUAAAGAAUUAUCGGCUAAUGUAUUAAAGGGAGGUCAAUGGGGCAGCUAUCGGCAUUUGCAAUUAAAUUGCCGUAGCGACGUGCAAGUGGAGCACGCUUAUGUGAAUACACUGAAGACAGGAGAUUUAAGUAGCUUGAAGUGGAUUCAAAGCCCAUUAAUGUACUGUCAGACCAAAUAUACAAAUACACUCUGCAGUGUGUACUACGCAUCUUUAAAUUUCAAGGAUGUUAUGCUAGCGACCGGUAAACUAUCAACAAACACCGUCUCAUUAUCAGGGAUGGAGAAGUAUUUAUUAGGACUUGAAUUCUCCGGAAGAGACGCGAACGGUAAUAGAGUUAUGGGUAUAGUUAAGACAAUGGGAUUGGCGACCACCGUGCUGCCGGAUCUUCUCUGGAAAGUACCCGACAAAUGGACAUUGGAAGAGGCGGCAACAAUACCGGUCGUUUACGCGACCAGUUACUACGCUUUAUUUGUACGAGGUCAAUUGAAAUCGAGCGAGAGCGUGUUGAUUCACUCCGGUGCGAGCGAUGUCGGUCAAGCGGCAAUCGCCAUCGCGCUGCAUGCCGGCUGCACAGUCUUUACUACUGUUGGCACGUUGGAAAAGCGACUGUACCUCAAGAAAACAUUUCCGCAAUUGAUCGACAAGAACAUCGGUAAUUCCCGAGAUACAAGUUUCGAACAAUUGAUCCUUAACGAGAUCCAGGGACGUGGAGUCGAUGUGGUGCUAAACUCGCUUGCAGAAGAGAAACUGCAUGCCAGCAUACAAUGCCUCGCGACUAACGGUCGAUUUCUCGAGACCGGGAAAUACAACAUAUUAAAUGGCAACCGCAUAGAUAUGUCGAUAUUUUUAAAGAACAUCGCUUUCCACGGUAUACAGCUGGAAAUGCUGUUCGAGGAUUGCGCGGACAAGCGAGAAACGAUUAGAUUUGUUACGGAGGGAAUCGAGAACGGUGUGGUGCGUCCGUUACCGACAAAGGUAUUUCGAGAGGAAUAUCUCGAACAGGGAUUCAAAUUUAUGGCGACGGGAAAACACAUCCGCAAGAUAUUGCUAAAGAUACGAGAAGAGGAACUGCAAAAGAAUGUGCUGCCGAUGCCAAAGACAGUGGCGGCCAUACCGCGUACUUACAUGAAUCCGGAGAAAUCAUACGUGCUGAUCGGUGGUCUUGGUGGAUUUGGUCUAGAAUUGGCUAAUUGGAUGAUCAAUCGCGGCGCAAGAUUCAUCAUUCUCGUGUCCCGUACCGGCAUACGCACCGGUUACCAGGCAUUCCGCGUGCAACAUUGGCGCGACAGGGGAAUCAAAAUUAUUAUCUCUACGGCAGACAUCACGACGUUAUCAGAUGCCGAACGUUUGAUCAACGAGAGCAACCAGUUGGCUCCAGUAGGCGGUAUAUUUAAUCUGGCAGCUGUGCUACGCGACAGUUUGCUUGAGAAUCUGCAGGUAGCCGACUUCGAAAUGGUAACCUUGCCAAAAGUCAAUGGGACAAGAAAUCUGGAUGCGACGUCGAGAAAGUCCUGUCCGUUACUGGAUCACUUUGUUGUGUUUUCGUCCUUAUCGUGUGGUCGUGGCAAUCCGGGUCAAUCCAAUUACUGUCUUGCGAAUUCAGCUAUGGAGAGAAUGAUGGAGCAGAAACGUGCCGCUAGUUUGCCCAUUGCUAUUCAAUGGGGUACUAUCAGAGAUGUCGGCUUAUAUAAAGGUACAAAGAAUCCGACCAUCUAUACAAACGCUAUUUUACCGCAAUAUAUGACCAGCUGUCUUGCAACCAUGGACAUUUUUCUUCAACAACCGUACCCGGUAUUAUCAUCCAUGGUGAUACCCGAGAAAUCCACGAAUAACAGCGAUAAACUUGACUUUGACCAAAUCAUUUGCAACAUUCUUGGUUAUGAAAACGUCAAUCCCGAUGACAACUUCGAAAAGUUGGGUAUCGAUUCAUUGGCUGCCAUGGAGAUAAAACAAAUUUGUGAAAGGCGGAGCGAGGUGCAAAGCUAG